AUGUAUCUAUGCAAGUCCCGCACAAGAACCUGGAGACCAGCAACCCUCCCAAUUCCUUGUGUCCGCCAGGUCGGUGUACAAAUAGUGGUUGAGAUCGAUCUAUAUUCAGAGGAUGGUAGUCACUUGCGUUCCGCUAAUCUAUAUAUCUCUGUAGUGGUCCACUGCGUCAUGGCAUUGACCUUGCAGAUCGUUAAUUACUUUAUCAAUGAUCUCGCCGUCGAUUAG